CAGCCAGCUUAGACCUUACAGCAGAUGUUUCUUGCGGUGUGAAGAGACUUAAGAGAUCAGCUUUGGACAGUUUCCUGGCCAGAGUGGACCCUUUUUUCGGAGCUGGGGAGAGAGAGGACCCGGCCUUUAAUCAAAUCUUGGGAAUCGCAGCCAUGUCUUGUGUGGCCCUUCAAUUUUUCUUCGUGUCUUUGUGCCUUCUGCAGCUGAGUUGUGUCCCAACAGGGGGAUGGCCAUGUUCUCCCAGAAAUUUUGGGCACGGCUCCUUGGUGUGUGAAUGUGGGGCCGAUUAUUGUGACACGUUCGAGCCCGUCACCCUCCCUGAUCCGGGGUCUUUCGUUAAGUAUGAAAGCAACAAAGCCGGACACCGCGUGGAACGCAGUGAGGGACUGCUGCUGGAUAACCCUCCCGAGAACGAAAAUCUGGUUCUGAAGCUGAAGACGUCUCAGAAAUAUCAAAAAAUCAAGGGCUUUGGCGGGGCUCUCACUGAUUCAGCUGCUAUUAACAUCCUGAAUUUGUCGCCCAAAAGUCAGAGAAACCUGCUCAAAUCUUACUUCUCCACCGAAGGGAUCGAGUAUACCUUGAUCCGGGUGCCCAUGGCGAGCUGCGAUUUUUCCGUGAGGCUCUACACGUACGCGGACGUGGAGAACGAUUUUGACCUGAAGAACUUCAGCCUAACCGACGAAGAUAUCAAAAUGAAGAUCCCAAUUCUGCAACAAGCCCAAGCCGUGGCUCCUCGGCCCCUCUCCCUCUACGCCAGUCCCUGGACGUCUCCCGUGUGGAUGAAGACCAACGGCGCCAUGACCGGCCGUGGGACCCUCAAGGGGCAUCCGGGCGACAGAUACCACAAGACCUGGGCCAAUUAUUUUAUCAGAUUCCUGGACGAAUAUGCCAAAUAUAAUUUGACUUUCUGGGCUAUAACUGCUGGCAACGAACCCACGGCCGGCGACAUUAUCUUCUACCCGUUCCAGUGCCUUGGAUUCUCCCCGGAGCACCAGCGGGAUUUCAUCGCUAAGGAUUUGGGCCCGGCUUUGGCCAACAGCAGCUACAAGGGCAUCGAGCUGAUCAUUUUGGACGAUCAGAGAGUGAUGCUCCCUUACUGGGCCGAAGUGGUUCUGAAAGACCCCAAGGCUGCCCAGUACAUCAACGGGAUCGGCAUCCAUUGGUACCUGGACUUUUUAGCCCCCAUCGACCUGACGCUGUCCAUCACCCAUCACCUCUUCCCCAACUACUACCUGAUCUCCACCGAGGCCUCCACGGGCUCGUACUUUUGGGAGCCCCGUGUGGUGCUGGGGGGCUGGGACCGCGGCAGCAAGUACAGCCACAGCAUCCUGACGAAUCUCAACAAUUACGUCACGGGCUGGACAGACUGGAACCUGGUCUUGGACCUGGAAGGAGGGCCCAACUGGAGUAAGAAUUAUGUGGACAGUCCGGUGAUUGUAGACAAGGAGAAGGACAUCUUUUACAAGCAGCCGAUGUUCUACCACAUGGCCCACUUCAGUAAAUUCCUUCCGGAGGGGACUCAGCGGAUCGAAAUCCAGAAAAGCGGAUCGUGUAGUUUGGAAUUCUCUGCCUUCCUCCGCCCGGAUGGAUCGGCAGCCGUGGUGGUGCUGAACAGAUCCCCCAAGGAUAUUCCUUUUGGGAUCUCGGAUCCCGGGGUGGGCUACGUGGAGACCAUCGCUACGGCCGACUCAAUCCAGACGUAUCUGUGGCAGCGUCCUAUGGAAGAAUGAGAAGCCUAGAGCUUUGGGGAGGGGGUGGCAAUCAAACCCUCAUCCCUUUAUUUGCAGGAGGAAGUAGAAAAGAAAAAAAAUAAGGGGAGGGGGAACGAUGACAUCCUGGGGAAGGGUCUGCUGACCGGGUGGAAAACUGCAUUAACCAAAAAUUGGAAAAUUUGGGCCAACACUGCCCUCAAACCUGACAAUCUGCUGAAUUAACAACUCUCUUUUGUUUUCACGUUCAGAAUAAAUGUUUUUUUUUUUCUA